UAGGCUGCCAGGGGAAAAAAGAAAAGCGACAUCCUUGUUUUAGUUGGGGGGCAGGGAGUAGAUAGCAUUAUUGUUUCAAAAUGCUGCCACAAAUGGGAAACAUCAAACUCUGCCUGGGGGGUUGUUUGGCGGUGUUUUUAUUUAUUCAGUAAUGACUGUUACGCGAUCUUUUUUACAGCCCAAUCCAAUGCAUAUUUUACCCAGCUCCCGCUAACCUCCUGGGAGGCAGCCUUAUGAAACACUUCACAGUACAACCCUAAGCUUGAGUCCCAAGGAGCUUACUCUUUGGUAAGUGGGCGAUAGGAGGACUGAAGUAGUCCUACGAGUCCCCAGACAGAAGAUUAAAUUUUCUGAGAGCUCUGCCGUGGGGAACCGGAAACCCUCCCUAGGAAGCGGCGGGGGACGAAAGACAGAAGAAAAAAAACCACACGAGACACAUAAACCUCUGCCAGACUUUAGCCUGUUUUUCUGGUGUGUGUUCACCCCCCUUCCUUUUUGCCGUUGCUCCAGGGUACGCGCCCCAGCCCCGCCUGCCAUUCCCUCCCCCGUGUGUGUGUGUGCGCGCGCGCUCCCUCAAGCUGACGAGGAACAAGGCGGAGGCGCGUGUGAGGAGACCAAGAACCGCGAGGGGAAAGAACGACUGCCUGCCUGGCCGCGCCCCUUCCUCAGUCGCUUCCAGCCGUUGCCGAGGCGGCUUUUUUCCUUCCUUCCUUCCUUCCUUCCCUCCCUCUUCCUCCUUUCACCCGCCACCGGCGCAGUUCUCUUGGCUGCAGGGACCAACUCCCACCCCUACCUCGGGUCUUUUUUCUUCCCCUCCCCUUCCUCGCACGUACAGACAUCGCCCCCCUCGCUUCAGCCGCCAUGAACCCCAGCUGUGCCCGCUGCGGCAAGAUCGUUUACCCGACCGAGAAGGUGAACUGCCUCGACAAGUUCUGGCAUAAAGCAUGUUUCCACUGCGAGGUCUGCAAGAUGACCCUCAACAUGAAAAACUACAAGGGCUAUGAGAAGAAGCCGUAUUGCAAUGCACACUACCCGAAGCAGUCUUUCACUAUGGUGGCAGACACACCAGAGAAUCUGCGCUUAAAGCAGCAAAGCGAGCUUCAGAGUCAAGUCCGCUAUAAGGAGGAGUUUGAAAAAAAUAAAGGGAAGGGCUUCAGUGUGGUGGCCGACACCCCUGAACUGCAGCGAAUCAAGAAGACUCAGGAUCAGAUCAGUAAUAUAAAGUACCAUGAAGAGUUUGAGAAGAGCAGGAUGGGCACACCUGGUGGAGAGGGAGGAGAAAUGGAACGCCGCAACUCACAGGAAGGUGCCAACUACAGGAGACCAGUGGAGCAGCAGCAGCCGCCACCACACCAGCAGCCUCAUCAUGUCCAACCAAGUACCCCUGUUUACCACCACCAGCCACCACAACAACCAGCCUCUCAGUCUUACGGCUACAAGGAGCCAGCAGCACCUGUCUCAAUACAGCGUAAUGCCCCAUCUGGAGGAGGGAAGCGGUUCCGUGCGGUCUAUGAUUACAACGCAGCUGACGAGGAUGAGGUCUCCUUCCAGGAUGGUGACACCAUAAUCAAUGUGCAACAGAUUGAUGAUGGCUGGAUGUAUGGCACAGUUGAGCGGACCGGAGACACAGGCAUGCUUCCAGCCAACUACGUGGAGGCUAUAUGAGCUCCACUCGGGUGCCACCCUGAAAGCAAGCGGGGGGAGGGCUCUUGUGUGCUUCUUGUUCCAUUAUCCCUUCUCUGCUGUCUUGUCACAUCAUUUAUUUUGUUCUGAACCUCUGACAUGGCCAUUUUUUUUAUUCUUCUGCCAACUUAGCCUUGUUUUGGAGGCAUUGAAACUCGGGGUGGGUGACUUUUUUACUGUUGUGUGAGACUUUUCUCAGAGCUCAGUUGUCCUUCUGUCAUUUCCCCUGCUUUCAUGAAACACGGCAGUGUGCCCUCCUCCCUCCCUAGGGAUCUGCCAUUUUGGGAAUUGAUUUGAAUCCUGAAUUAAACGAGCACAAUUUGCUACCUGGAACCAGGAAUUGGUGUAGGGACCACAGCCAUGCUUGCUUUUGAGGGAUGUAAAGCUGUGAAUAACUUCGGCAAGUCUCUGAUUAUUUCCAUUGAAAAACUUGUCCAAGGCCUCUGCUUGCAUGUUGACUCUUGCUCAUUAAUUUUCUACAAAAUCUUCCUUUCUAUAAACCUUAUUCGUUGGAAAGAAAUCAAACCAUUUGUUAAAAGCAGGAGAGCCUUUGAAGUUAAAAGAAACCAGCGUGUUUAUCAUGUCUACAAGGGAGAUAAAAGCUAAAGUAGUAUCUGGUGCAGAGGUAUGGAAGCAAAGGCUUAGGAUAAAAAAAAAAGUCUAGCACACUCAAGCAUUGGCUCUUGGAUGCCAUGGCUCAAUAAGAGGGUACACCUACUUAGCCUUGAUAUGGGGCAUGAGGAGAACAUGUGCCCUGUAUUCCUGGGGAUAAGCAGCUUAGAGUAGAAUGGGCCCAGGACCUAUUCUGUUACCCAAGAUUUAACAGCUAUGGAGUACUACUCUGUACAGCUUAAUUUGGUGCUACCUCCUGGGUUGAAAGGGUAUGAGGAGCAGCAGCAUAUUCCAGAUGCUUCUGACCAUUCCUGCUGACCUCCCCACCACUCCAAAAGUAGCUUUGAGUGAACUUUUGAACCAACCUAUGCAAGACUCCCGUAGCUAAUGCCUGCAAAUAGACCCUUCUCCCAGCUCCCUAGCGUCUGUCAGUAUCCUCCUUGUGUUUGCUUUGUUUUUCAGAGUUUCAAUUCUGUUGGCACCUUAUGUAUAGAAGUAGGUGGAUGCUUCUCUGAGUAACCUUGACUACAGCAGCCCUAGUCAAGAACAGUCAAGAACAAUCACACUUAUUCUUGAGGUGUAAUCUUUGGGACCAGUUGCUCUUGCCUUUGGAGGUUUCAUAGGGCUCCUCUGAAGGCAGCUCGUGUGAAGCUUUCUUCUGAACACAAGUUCCUGUCAGCCAAAAGACAGACUUGUAGAUAAGCAUCAUCUCCCUUUCUUGCCCCAUUUGAGCCAAGCAAUGUUUACAAUCCUUUCUCCUCUUUCCACUAACCUGGCAAUUGGAUGAAGGGGUGAGGGGAACAAAUGCCUUGCACUAGAAACAUACCUCUUCCUCCUUUCUGUCUAAUAUCAAGCUGACAACUGCUGUUAGUGACUUGAGGUAGUAUCAUGGACCAAAAGCAAAUUCUUUGGAGUGUUGCUGUCAAAAUAGCAGGGAACUACUAUAUAACUGGAAAUGCAUAGGGUUGGGCUGGUAUGAUGUAAGAACAAGGGCUGGGCAGAUUCCUCUAAGCAGGAGUGAGAUUCUUGAAAGUCACCAUUCUCUGCAUUGAUUGCUACUUCUCCUGUUACGUUUAAAGAACUGCAUUGACUCACUAAAGUCACUUCUGUGCUGGGACAGAAGGGCAAAAUCAGCUACUGUACAAUGCUCCAAAUCCUUAGAAAUGGUUCUUAGAGCCGAUGACUAUUAAGUCAUUUAGAUGUAAUGUGAUUGCAAACCUCUACAUAUGGAAGAGAUACCUGGGACAUACCUAUUGUUUUUAAUGUAACAUGAGUAGUAGCUCUAAGCCACUUUAUUUAAUAGUUUAGUCUCAGUUCUAACCAGAACAACUGAAAGAGUUGGUAAAUGGACCUCUGGAGGCAGACUUUGAGAACCUUACUGUUUUUAAUAAUGCCUGUCAAAGGCACAUUCAGAGAGAGGUGCUUCAACCCACUGAAUCUCUUCCUGUUUCUUAGCUGUGACACCUGGUAUAUGGAAGGACCAAGUUCAGACAUUCUUUGCCAUUCCAGUGCUGUUUGCAUGUAUGUGCUCUUUAUUUCCCCUUUUCUCCCCUUCUGUGCAUAGAGGAGGCAUAUCAGGGGUUUGUGUUCUCCCCACAUUGUUUUCAGUCUGUCUGUGGACUUUGUGGUGCAGAGAGAAUAAAUAUAUGCAAUGUUAAAAGCACCAGCUUAGUCUCUUUACAAGAGGUGUGAAAUAGGCUUACGUUAAGCAAAAGUUAAGGAGACCUUUCUCCCUCAAUGUUUUGGUCCCUCAAGUUGAAAGCAAAAGGGAUGUGUCACUCCCAUAGUACUCUUGCAUAUCUUUGAACCUGGUAAGAGUGCCACACACUAGUGAUUUCUAGCUUAAUCUCUCAGGAGGGUUUUAAAUCCCCUUUGGGCUCCCCGCUCCAAUUUAAAGUUAUGAACUUCCUGCACACCCCUCAAAUCAGUGGCAGAAAUAAUGACCAAAUCAUUCUUUUCAUAAAGUAAUAGAAGCCCAAACAUUUUAGAAUCUUUUCUUUAAAAUAAAACAUUCUAUUUCCUGCUUUUCCUUUGAACACUUGCACUAGUGAUAAAGGGAGGAGUGUUUUGGUCUCCUCUUCACUAUAUCCAUGCCGCAGAGAGAUCCAUUUGUAGAAAUAACAAGGCCAGUGAGAAUGGUGGCAGGUUUUUCUUUAACAAGACCAUUUUUAGAGGGAUAAAGGUGUCUGGGGACCACCUGAUCUUGGGGUGAACUUUCUGAAGGUGCCAACAAGGGUGACUGACGGGUGGAGAGAUGUCACAUUCUUCUUGGUGCUAAGGCAGAAGCACAAACACAGUAGUGGCUGAUUUCCUAACAAAAUGAGACAAAAUCAUGUAUAGACAAUCCUUAAAAGGACAGCUUUUCGUGAGGAAGAUAGCAAAAAUAACAAUGUGAAUAAAUAUUUUUAGAGGACCAAAUAAAAUUAAAAUAAAGUACUCUUCUUUUAAUCUCCUAGCUUUUUCAUCCCUGCCCUGGGAGAAGUGGUUUCUCACUGCUUUUUUUUCUGCCUUCUUAUGCACUUUUGCCUUUUUUCCAAUAGCUGAAACGCACCUAAACCUGUAUUUAAAUAAAAUGUUUAAAAAAAGAAAAACAGCAAAAUUGCAUCUGUGUAGCCAUUUUUAUUCAUGUCAAGUCUCUUGUAGCUUUUUCAAAAUAGAUUUCAGUGUCUGAAAUUAGAAUGAUUUUUUUGUUGGAGCAUAUUUUGGGGUUUUCAUCUGUUGUCUUUGUGUUUCUUCUUUAUGGGCUUGCAUGCCCUCUCCAAAAAUCAUUUGGCCUUUUUCAAUGGCACCAUAGAAUCAAAUGUAGUACCAGUUCUCUUCUGGAUUAACACCAAUUUGAAAAUAAAAGUAUAAUUUUUA